AUGACUCCAACCCCUAUUCAAGAAUAUCCUGUACAUGGCCUUAUGCCCAAACAGGACACUCAAGCAGCAAGCUUUAUCAAAAAGUACCCACAGUAUGACGGUAGAGGAACAGUGAUAGCUAUUCUCGACACAGGCAAGUAUAAACAAUGGGAGAUAAGAUGCGUCGACCCAGGAGCAGCAGGCAUGCAGAUUACAACAGAUGGAAAGCCAAAGAUUAUUGAUAUCGUAGACUGUACUGGUGGAGGUGAUGUGGAUACAUCGAAAAAAGUAAAGCCAACAGUUGAGGAUGGUGUAAGCACCAUAGAAGGCUUAAGUGGACGCAAGCUAAUUUUGGAUAAUUCAUGGAACAACCCAAGCGGUGAAUACAGAGUUGGUGUUAAGCGUGCAUAUGAACUAUUCCCAACUGAAUUGAAAAAUCGAGUGAAAUCGGAACGUCGUCAAAACUUUGUCAAGAAGCAAGCUCAACUUUUGAGUGAAGCUCAGUAUCGUCUAGCUGACUACAACAAAAAGACGGAAAAAGUAGACGAAGCCGAGAAAACUGAACUGGAGGCUCGUAUCGAAGCGUUAAAGGAAUUAGACAAGAACUACGAGGACCCCGGACCUAUUCUUGAUUGCGUUGUCUUUUUUGAUGGUAAAGAUUGGCGUGCUGCCAUUGACUUGAAUGAAAGCGGAGACUUGCGAGGUCAACCUUGCUUAACAGAUUACAGAAAAGAGCUACAGUAUCACACGUUUGGCAAAGCCGAUUUACUCAAUUUCUCUGUCAACAUUUAUAGUAAUGGUGAUGUUCUUAGCAUCGUAACAUUGUCAGGCAGUCAUGGCACACAUGUUGCUGGUAUCACUGCUGCUAAUUUUCCCGAUGAGCCGGCGUUAAAUGGUGUUGCCCCUGGUGCACAACUCAUCUCUCUCCGCAUUGGUGAUGCUCGGCUUGGAUCAAUGGAAACUGGCCCUGGUCUGACUCGUGCAGCUGCUCAUCUGGCAAUGCAUAAGGUUGACUUGGCAAAUAUGUCCUAUGGUGAAUCAAGUGGACUACCUACCGAUGGACAUUUUAUCCAACUGUUAGCUAAUGAAGCUAUUGGUAAAUCUGGUUGCAUCUUUGUCACUAGUGCUGGUAAUGAUGGGCCCUGCUACAGUUCGAUCGGUGCUCCUGCGGGCAUGGAUGAAUCCUUUAUCACUGUCGGUGCCUAUGUUAAGCAUGCUCAGAUGCAAGCUGAAUAUGCCUUGCUUGAAUCAGUCAAUGAGCGUCCAUUCACUUGGUCUUCAAGAGGACCCACAACGGAUGGCUAUCAUGGUGUUGAUAUUUAUGCCCCCGGAAGUGCCAUCACAAGCAUUCCUGUUUAUGUUUUAAACAAGCUUGAUUUAAAGAACGGGACCAGUAUGUCCAGCCCCAAUGCUUGUGGUUGUGUUGCAUUACUCGUUUCAGCCUUAAAGGCCGAGAAACUAGAAUAUACACCUUAUCGACUAAAGAACGCUAUCAGACAAACAGCUAAAUCAGUAAAUGACCCUCUUAAUGUUGGUUUUAUUCAAGUGGAAAAGGCAUGGGAAUACCUUGAAAACUACAAAGAUCGUCAAGAUUUGGAUCUUUUGUAUAGGGUAACAGUACAAAAGAGAGGCAUUCAGCGUGGUAUCUACUUGCGUGAGAUUGAGGAGACUAGCAACGUUCAGUACAUCAACACAAAGGUUCAGCCCAAGUUCAUGGGUGAAUUUGAUCCAGAGAAUCCAAAGUAUAAUACAGCCAAAUUCAACUAUGAAGCACGUGUGGCUCUUAUUGCUACAGAGACUUGGAUCACUGUCCCUGACUAUCUCUACAUACAUUCUGGUGGCAAUGCUUUCCAAGUCAAGGUUGAUCCUACUUCUUUAGCUAGCAACAAGAUUCAUUACGGCGAGGUGUUGGGCUAUGAUACAACCGCUCCUGAUCGUGGACCCUUAUUCCGUGUGCCAGUUACGGUUAUCAAGCCAUUGGUACCCAAAAAUGGCUCAAUUGAGUUCAAGAAUACAGAAUUUGAACCUGGCUACAUUGAUAGAAAUUACAUUCAUGUUCCUGAAGGCGCUACCAACGUUGAGCUCGUAAUCAAGUCUCGUGCUCCUGUUGAGACAUCCCCUGCUCGAUUUAUGCUUCAUCUUCUUCAACUUGUUCCAAAGCAAAAUCAAAAGGGAAAGCACGCCUUUUCGGUUCUCUUGGGCGAUGGAUCAUUUGGAAACCCAGCCUCUGAAGAGCAAACGAUUUCUAGACGAUUAUCUGUUCGUCCUAAUCUUACGCUUGAACUUUGUCUUGCCCAAUUCUGGUCUGCUCUCGGUAAACAUACUGUCGACAUCAGCCUCAACUUUCACGGAGUACAAAUCGCUGGAAACCUGGCUAAUGGUCAAGGCACCAUCCAUUUAGAGCCUCAACUCACUCGCUUGGAAAUUUGUUCACCUCUUCGUAAAGAAGUGGGCGUAAAUCCUAGCGUUUCUUUUGACAAAUUGCGCAAGUACAUCCGCCCUGCUGAGGCUACCAUUACACCUAUGGAUGCUGAACGCGACUUACUUCCUACCGGCCGUGUGCUCUAUCAACUUGUACUUCAAUACAACUUUACAGUUGAUUCAUCUACUUCUGUAAUCGCUCAAUUCCCUCCUGUUAUGAACCAGCUCUACGAGCACUUUUUGGCAGGUGUCUUUGGUAUUGUGUAUGACGCUAACCGCAAGAUUGUCGGAUACUUGGACGUGUUUGAUCACAAGAUCAAGCUUGAACAAAAGGGAGAAUACACAAUUAUGCUUCAACUUUCGACUGAAGAAGAGAAUGUACUCGAAAAGUUAAAGGGAACAAUUUGUGAAUUGGAUUUGGAUUUAAAGACGGUCAACUUCAACACAUAUACAAACAUUGCUGAUGUCUACAAGAAGGACAGCUCGACAGCUACUAAAGCCAAUUUAGAACGCAAGGACUUGACCGUGCUCUAUAUUGCAGCACCCACCGGGCAGGAUGCCUUGCCCAAGGAGGUUAAACCAGGAGAUGCUCUUGUUGGUAAAUUAGACUUUGUCAGUAAGGUAGAGGGUGGUCAGUACAAGGCCAUUUACACCGUUCCUCCGUCACCUGCUGAAUCAAAAACAGACAAAGAAAAGAAUGAAAAGCCUACGGAAGAGGAAAUUGAGCAGCAACUGAAGGACGCGACGCGUGAUCUGGAGAUAUCCUAUCUCAAAAAAUUUGAAGCUGAUUCAGCUGCUUACAAGGCCCUUUUAUCCAAGGUUGAAUCACAAUAUGUAGAUGAUAUCGCCUUUUUAGAGUUCAAGCUGAGCCUUGCUGACGCCAUCCUGGCCAAGAUAAACGAGCGAGAACUAUCAGAGUUUUACGGCUUGAAGGAGCCCGAAAACGAGACGGACGAACAAAAGAAGAAGCGCAAACAAAAUGAUCAAAAGAGGAAGCAGUUGGUCAACGCUCUUAAGCAUAAGGCAAUGGCCUAUGCUGCCACACUAGACGAUGAAGCUAAUGUUGAACCCUUCAAGUCUGCCGUCAAGGCACUUCAACAAUGGAACUCUGACGACAGUUCAAACAAUUUGACUUCGCUAUUACUCAAGGUGAAGCAGGAGCGUAAAGCUGGUCGCCCAGGUAAUGCUCUUAAAGCCGUCCAAAAGUACCUGUCCGAAGCUUCGUUUACUUCUUCAAGUGUGAAGGACAUUAGCAAGGUAUGGAAGGUCCGUAAUGAACUUUACAAAGAGCUUGGUUGGAACUUAUGGUCCGAAUACGAUGACAAGUGGAGUAUUAUUAGACAGCCACCUUAUGGAUAUGCUCUCUUUUAA